AUGUCAUAUAACGUCCUCCCACUCUAACUGCGCAUGCGCUGCGGUCAGUGGUGCGCUGUGUCCCUGGGACAGGGCGGAUCACUGAUCAGAGCAAAGAGCCGAUGACGUCGGCUCUAUCAUGUGAUCAGCUGUGUCCAAUUACAGCUGAUCGCAUGGCACUGAUGAUCAGUGCCACCUAUCGGUGCCCAUCAAUGCUACCUGUCAGUACCCAUCAAUGCCACAUAUCAUUGCUCGUCAGUGCCACAUAACAGUGCCUGUCAGUGCCGCCUAACAGUUCCAAUCAGUGCUGCCUUUCAGUGCCCAUCAGUGAUGCCUGUCAAUUCCCAUCAGGGCCACCUACUAGUGCCUCCUCAUCAGUGCCCAUCA